AUGCCCACUCAAUCUAGGUAUGACGACACGGGCAGACCAUCCGUUUUGAACUCUCUCACUCAGCUUCGAGAUGAACUUUCAUCUCGGGUCGAUCAGCUGUCUAUGGCAGUGGAAAGACUCCGUGGUCAUGCGCGGGAACUCGAUCUGAUGGGGGAGUCAGGACCGUCUAACACAAACAUACCCGUCAACACCUACCAGCUUGGUCAACCCAAUCUUCCCCCUUCCUUACGACGAACCCUCUUUCCUAUCACUGCUAAUCCCGACGAGGCAUCUAAUCGACUUUCACCCAUCGGCUCUGAAAUAGCCGCUCUUCGUCGUCCUCAUGCUGCUUCUCUGCGACAACCACGUCCCAUCCCCAAUGCUCUCGUAGACGGUCAUCCGGUCUAUCAUGAUAUAGGCGAAAGACUCCGGUUUGUCCGUCAAGUUUUGCGAGAAGUCAGUGCUACUGUGUCUUCUGUCAAUCCUCGUCUUCAAGCGCAAUUACGAGCAGCUGCCGCCGAACCGAGUUUGCUCGUCGGUGGAUUAAACACCAUUUCUCCCGCUGCCCCUCAACCUUCCAAUUACCAACCAAACUGGAGGGAACGAUUGCGGAUUUCCCGUAGUCGAGUACAGGGGAAUACCGUUCAUCGCCCUAGUGCUCAAACCAUUACACCUGAACCCGUUGCUGUAUUACCACUCCCAGAUGAUCAAGGGCGUAGAAGACCUGGUGAACGCAAGGCUCGACUGGCGGGUUGUAAGCCAACAAAUCUAGCAAUCAUGGCUAGUUGUCCAGCUCCUAAGAUUGUUCGAUCCACCAAAUCACGCCCAUCUGCUCGACGAGAUCCUAUAUUACUUGCCGGUCGGUCCAGCAGAACAGUCACACUUGAUCUUCCCGACUGGAACGGUGAAACUGAAACGGUCAUGGAGGAUGUUGGCCAGGCUACACAAAGGACGUCUGUUCGAGAGGGUCAAGAGUCAUCAAGCACUGAACUCACCUACCGAGGUUUGGCAGUAACGUCUCGGAUCGACCGUGAUAUCUCACCUACAACAGGAGUGUCCAGGAACAACGCCAUCCCCGAGAUCCGUCUCAUUCCCGAAAGAACCUUCCGCGAGACCAUUCGGGAACUCAGUUCUGGAAGACCCUCCACUACUCCAAGAAUGGAUGAUAGAGAAAUGCGUCGGUACGAAGCUCGAGCCAUGAGGAAUUUGGCUAGACGUAUCGUGGAGGCUGGAAGAGCAUCGUCUACCGAAAGUCCUGCAUCGACAAAUACUGUUGAUCCUCUUUUCCCAGUUCCACCACCUCGGCAGCAAAGAACACCGUCAUCACUUCAUAUUCCUCCUGUCAAUGUUCCUGCUAAUCGGUCGGCAGAACUCAUGAGGAGACACGCGGAGGCGACUUUAGCCCUGGAUGAGAGAAUGGAACUCUUAGCAUUAUCACCUACGGAUCCCGGAUAUGCAAACAGGCUUGUGAGAAUGAGUCAAUACGAAUCUGGGCGAAGGCUUGAAGAAGCUUAUCGAAGAUUCCCACCUUCCCAACCUCCAUCAACUGACAAUGCGCUUGUGCCUUUCGGUCGUCGUGAGAUUCCAUCUGUCGCCGUACAGACCCCUCCUGCCUUUCCCCUUGCUCAACAAGUCAGGCCAAUCCGACAACGCAGUGCGACGUGGUUAGAAGAAGUUGGCGAUGACGAUGAUCCACCUGAGGUCAUAGAAGAGACCACUGGGCUGGAGUCUGUCCCACUUCAGACAUGGCAAGAUGAUGAGAGUGAGAGUAAUAGUACUAGUGACGACAAUCAGUCUUCUACAACAUCGACCGUGGAAAUGAUCGAUCUAAGCGAAGGGGUUCAGGAUGCGAUCACUGGCGAUAGUCCAGAAAGAGUGUAUGAAGGUCGAGGUCAAGGUCAAGAUGGAGAUGAGGAUGAAGAUGAAGACGAUAUUGAAGAUGAGGGACUAUCGGGAUUUCGAAAUCUAACCAGACCACUCACUAUGGAGGCAUGGGAUCGACAACAUGAAAUAGCCGAUACACUGAUGGGAUACUUGCCUGGUGAAACACGAGAUACUAGAAACAUAAGUCUUUCCCGUCUGGACUUUCCAUCGUCUUCAAGGUACGCAGCAACAGAUCCUCCUGGUCCGGUCGUUGACAGACCAAUUUCGGAAGAGAUGGAUGAAUUGGAUGGAACUAGAACAGUGGAAAUUAUGCCUUCUGGAGCACGUCGUUUGACCAUUGUCACUCCUAGAGGAGAGAGACAAUAUUAUUAUCCUCGUGGAACUACUGCGAAUGCGGCUCUGGACCGUGAGCUAGCUGCUGAUAAUGGUACACGAAAUGUAGAAAGAGUACAUCGAUAUCGACCUUUACCAAAUGCUGAAAACGCUUCAUCCCUCACAUCCAGUGGUACGGCAGUAACAAACGUUCGUAUAGGACAAUAUGAGGGUCUAGGUUUUAGGGAGAGCGCACAGCAAAGAAGGAGGGUUGUUAGUAUGGAUGUGAAUGGACACGAAGGGGAGAUGAUGAAUGGUGAACAAGAAGCGAGGAGGGUGGUCAAUGGUAGGAAUGGGACGAGAGCAGAAGCGAAAGUGGAAGAUGCUGAAAUCGAAUUACAACAUGAUCAAACGGGAGCAGGUAGGAGAAGACCCAGACCUAGACCUUAUAUCAGUCUGUUGGAUUUGUGA